AAAAACCUUUGACAAAAAUAAUUCAAAACAAUGUACUCUUCAUCGUCUGUAUCAAAACGCCUCAUUUUGAUCUAUGUCUUGGCCAUACAACUACUCCUCAUAAACAGUGAAUUGUCCUUAAACACGACCAAUGACUAUCUCAACCACACAUGUUUGGUUAGUCAAGGAAAAUACAAGACGGGAAGUGAGUACGAGAAACUUAUAAAACAUAUCAUGAAAAGGUUCUAUAUAAACAGUAUCAGAGGUUACGACCUUUUUGGCGAUUCUACUUUUACCGCUGUUCUCCAGUGCCCCGGCGACUUCUACGGGACCAAGUGCCAGGACUGCUUUGUCACCGCCCUUGCUGCGCUUCGUAGGAGAUGUCCAUGGUACAAGGGGAGGAUAAUAUGGUAUGACCAAUGUCUUCUCUCGAUGGAUUCCAAAUAUUCUGUUGGGCAGAUCGAUUAUGACAAUAACUUUUGUAUGUCCAACGCGAAGAAGGUGGUAGAAGAUAGAUCUGAAUAUAUAAAAGUUUGGAAUAUUCUCGUUGACGAUCUGACGGAAUUAGCCAUCACUGGAGAUAAUUCUACAUUGUACUCUGUGGGGGAGAAGCGGUACAAGGGUGAUAUGGUAUAUGGAAUGGUGCAGUGUGCGAAAGACUUAUCGCGAAAAGCUUGUCAGGAGUGUUUGUGGUAUAAUAGCUUUCAUUUUCAAGAUUGCGUGAAUUAUUUUCGAGGAGCGAGAGUUGUAGGUAGGAGCUGUACUUUUAGGUUUGAAUUUUAUCCUUUUAUUGCCAAGCAGGUCCAUAAUAUUUAAAAGAACUAAAAGUAUUAAAAAAUUCAAUUAAUGUUAAAUUAAUUCAAUCAUAAGGUUUUUUUUGCUGGAUAAA